CUGAUCACAAGCUUCAGGCAAGGGCUUCCAAACUUGUCAACUCUGUGACACAAGCUGCACACAACCCAGAGGAUAAAAUAGCCACUUAGCCCACACGAGAGCUAAAUCUUGUUGAGUGCGGUUGGAGGUUAGAGCGGAGGAAUGGAUACUGUCACCAUUCAGCUGUGGGCAACCCUCUCUCUGUUGGUGCACCUUGCAGCUUGCAGUCCCAUCAUGAGCCUGGAGCAGUCUUCCCUGGAGGAAGAUGUGCCCUUCUUUGACGAGCUCCUUUCGGAGCAGGACGGCGUUGAUUUCAGCACGCUGCUUCAGAACAUGAAAAACGAGUUCCUGAAGACAUUGAAUCUCUCUGAUAUUCCCCUGCAUGAAACGGCUAAGGUGGAGCCCCCAGAAUACAUGUUAGAGCUGUACAACAGGUUUGCCACUGAUAGGACAUCAAUGCCAUCCGCAAAUAUUGUUAGAAGCUUCCAAAAUGAAGAUCUGACUUCCCACCCUAUUGGUGUCACAGGAAUCCGGAAAUACCCUCUUCUCUUCAACGUCUCCAUCCCUCACCAUGAAGAGAUCACGAUGGCAGAGCUGAGACUCUACACACUGGUGGAGCGGGACAGAAUACUCUAUGAUGGGCUGGAUAGGAAAGUCACCAUUUUUGAAGUACUGGAGAACAACCAUGCGGGGAGAGAAGGAGAGGAGAGAAAAAUGGUGGCACUUGCAUCCAGGCAGAUCUACGGCACCAACAGUGAGUGGGAGACCUUUGAUAUCACAGAUGCCAUGAGGCACUGGCGUAGGUCAGAGUUGACCACUCACAGGCUGGAAGUGCAGAUAGAGAGCAGAGAAGGGGAGGAGCCAAACGGAGAGGGGAAACUCGAUAUUGACAUCAAUUCCGAGGCCAAGCAUGUGCCUCUGUUGAUUGUGUUCUCAGAUGACCUGAGCAAUGACAAAAAGGAGGAGAAGCAGGAACUGGACGAAAUGAUAGACCAUGAGCAGCUGCUGGAUUUGGAGAACCUGGGCAUGGGCAACUUCCACAAUGGGCCAGGUGAAGAGGCGCUGCUCCAGAUGCGCUCCAACAUCAUUUAUGACUCCACUGCCCGGAUCCGGAGGAACGCCAAGGGCAACUACUGCAAAAGGACUCCACUCUAUAUCGAUUUCAAGGAGAUUGGCUGGGAUUCCUGGAUCAUCGCACCGACGGGAUAUGAAGCCUACGAGUGCCGGGGAGUGUGCUCCUACCCUUUAACUGAACACGUCACGCCAACUAAACACGCCAUUGUCCAGACUUUGGUUCACCUGAAGAAUCCUCAGAAAACUUCCAAAGCCUGCUGUGUGCCUACCAAGCUUGAUCCCAUCUCCAUCCUCUACUUAGACGCAGGGGUGGUUACUUACAAGUUCAAAUAUGAGGGAAUGGCAGUUUCAGAGUGUGGCUGCCGAUAGUAGAAAGGAAUGCAUGCCCCAUGCGUGCACCAGGGGAGUAUUUAAUAAUUCAGUCUGUAAAUUUGUACAUUUUGCAUUUCCUAUUUAAUAAGGUUAUUUAAUGAGGCGUGUACAGAUAAUUGUAUGUUUCAUGUCUUAGGGAACGGGCAGGUCAUAUGAUUGUACGGAAUGUAUAUUUUGUUCCAGUGCUUGCUUCUUCUUGCUGUUUCGCUUCUUAUGAGAGAAGCUUCCUUCAUAAACAAAAUAAAGAAGGAAAACCAGA